AUGGUUUCGGUUAUAGACAAGCUUGUUUUCGACUUUGGUGGCAAAACUAUAGUCUCUCUCGCGCCAGACAAUAACACUUUGUGUGUAGCUAAUAAGAAUGGCUUAACAAAGAUCCUGAAGACGAAUAACCCAGAAGAAGAACCAGAGACACUAGAUUCUUCCAAAUUAGUCUCUUCUAUUAAAUGCUAUUCAAACUCUCAUUUUUUGAUGACCACAAUGCAAGGUGAUGCUCUAAAGUACAACAUUAAUUCUACUCAAGAAGAACUAUUAGCUAGAUUUGCUUUGCCCCUACGUGACUGCUGUGUGAUUCAUUCAGGUAAAAUGGGCGUAUUCGGAGGGGACGAUUUAGAGCUAAUCCUUUUGGAAUUGGACGAUGAAGGCCACAAAAAGCAUACCAUUAAAAUCGAUGAACAAGUUUCUCAAAUUUCGUACAAUUCACAAAUGAAUAUUCUAGCAGUUUCAAUGAUAAACGGUAAAAUUCAACUUUUUUCCCUAACAUCCACUAUUCCUAAUAAAGUUCACGAGUUAAAUGAUUACAUUGUAGCCAAUUCAUACGAUGAUACACACAGAGAUAAGAUACUCUCGAAUAUGACGGAUGACGUCGAUAAAGACAGCGAUAAUGACCUGAAUGAAGCAGCUGAUUUAGAUGAGAACAAUGUUACUGAUCCAGAGUUUUGUUCUUCCAAUAGGAUAUGUACAAGAGUAGCUUGGCAUCCAAAGGGUCUACAUUUUGCAUUACCAUGUUCUGAUAAUACGGUGAAAAUAUUUACCAUAAAGGGUUAUUCUUUGAAAAAAACAUUGACGUCUAAUCACUCUUCAACGAAGGCCCAUUUAAUUGACUUGCAAUUCGACCCAUUACGCGGGAAUUAUAUUGCAGCAGUAGAUUUAAAUAAUAAGCUUACUGUAUGGAAUUGGGAAACAUCCGAAAUCCACUACACAAAGGAAUUUAAACAAAAAAUUACUAACUUUGCUUGGAAAAUUCAAGCAGAUUCUAAAACUCUAGAUCUUAUUUUAGGCACUUGGUCCGGUAAUAUAACUAUUGUCCAAAAUUUAGCAGAGUCCGCAGCAACAAAUAUACCUGAUCAAUCUUUCGUCGAAUCUUCAACAAAACAGGGGCUUUUUGUGGAUUCUGAUUCUGAUUUGGAAAAUUUAGAAAGAGAUGGAGAUGCAGACAAAAGCGACAAGAUGUUUUCUGAUAUUACACAAGACCAAAAUACAGAGGAUGUGUUCACUCAAACUCAUGACGGUCCCAGCGGAGUGAGUGAAAAGAGAAAAUACAAUUUCGAAGAUGAAGAAGACUUUAUUGAUGACGAUGAUGGUGCGGGCUAUAUCAGUAAUAAAAAACCACAUAAUGGAAAUUCUUACUCCAGAACACGUAGAAAUCACUCGUUACCAAUCAAUUUGACGAGCCCAGCGAAAUUUCGUUAUAUGCCGUUUUCUCCAGCAGCAACACCUUUUGGUUUUACCGAUAGACGUUAUUUAACAAUGAAUGAGGUAGGUUAUGUAUCUACUGUCAAGAAUAGUGAACAAUAUAGCAUAACAGUUUCAUUUUUUGACGUUGGUCGUUUUCGGGAAUACCACUUUGAGGACUUAUUUGGUUACGAUUUAUGUUUCUUAAAUGAAAAAGGCACCCUCUUUGGCCAAUCCAAGACCGGACAGAUACAAUAUAGGCCACACGAUAGCAUACACUCAAAUUGGACCAAGAUAAUUCCUCUAAAAACUGGCGAGAAACUAACCAGUAUAGCAGCUACCCCAGUUCGCGUUAUUAUUGGUACUUCGUUAGGCUAUUUUAGAAGCUUUAAUAAAUUCGGGGUUCCAUUCUCCGUUGAAAAGACAUCUCCAAUUGUAGCAUUAACUGCCCAGGAUUAUAGAGUUUUUUCAGUACAUUACUCGCAGUUUCAUGGACUUUCGUACUCUUUAUUCGAAUUAGGCCCUUCGAUUACAAAAUACUAUAAAAGAGAACUUCCACUUCCAAUGAACUUACCAAAUUUUAAUUCUGAUAUGGCAAAAGAAGCAAAUCUUGACUUCUAUAAUUUUAAUCCGCUAGGUAUAAAAAGUUUGUUCUUUUCAAGCUAUGGCGAUCCGUGCAUUUUUGGUUUUGACAACACACUUCUAUUAUUAUCAAAGUGGAGAUCAUCUGAAGAAAGCAGAUGGCUACCUGUUCUCGAUAGUAAUAUGGAAAUAUGGAAAAUGUCAGGAGGAAAGGAAACGACCGAUAUACAUGUUUGGCCUUUGACUUUGGCAUAUGACACAUUAAACUGUAUUCUAGUCAAAGGAAAACAUAUAUGGCCUGAAUUUCCUCUACCUUUGCCAUCUGAAAUGGAAAUUAGGAUACCAGUACUUGUUAAGAGCAAGUUGUUAGAAGAGAAGAGAGCUUUAUUAAAUAAAAAGAAUGAAUUUGAAGCUACAGGGGAAAAUGAAGAGGAAGACGACAAAGAAAUAGAAGUUCCCGUUUAUAUGGCAGCAGAAGAAGAGUACCUGCGUACAAAGGUCUUAUCAGAAUUGCUGACGGAUACGCUGGAAAAUGAUGGUGAAAUGUACGGGAACGAAAAUGACGUAUUGACAGCAUUAAAUGGCGCAUAUGAUAAGGCUUUGUUACGUCUAUUUGCAACUGCAUGCUCCGACCAAAAUGUUGAAAAAGCUUUUUCGCUUGCUUAUGAAUUGAAGCAAGAUAGAGCACUUAAUGCAGCUGCUAAAAUAUCAGAAAGAGCUGAACUAGUCUCUCUCGUUAAAAGAAUUAAUGAUAUACGGGAAGCUAGAUAUGAACAGCAACUGAAAUAA